GAGCGCUCUGAAGUGACAUAAUGGAAAUUUUUUGCGAGCUAGAAAAACUUGCAAAUGUUUUAUUUUCCGCCCAUCCUGAGCCCGGGAAGACUGCCUGUGAGGGAAGAGGGAGAGCAGUUCGCUCAACACGACCCAACAAAAAGACGACAAAAGGAGUUACGUAAGAAAGCCAUAUACUUUUUUACCCUCAGACUUUCGAACGAAAGAGAGGCGAUAAGAACAAAACUUAAUGUUUCUUUUUGAGAGCGCGCUUUAUAGUUUUCUGACACUCGACGAAACUAAAUGUACAACAGUUAGGCUAAUAGGCUGUUUUUAACCCUUCUGAGGGGGUAGAAUGGGUAACAUAAACAAACCCUUCGUCCAGAAGAGGUGCUGAACGGUAGCUGAGAGCUGAGGGGGGAACGCGCCCCACAAAAGACCCGAACAGCGCUUGUUCUCACGACGCGGCGUGAUGAAGAAAGAAAUGAGCUUAAACCUGGAGGAGCAGAACGCUGGCUCCGAGCUGAAGGACGGCGAGGCCAUGCUGGGCUCAGCCGAGCCGGGACUGCUCAAACUAGCCUCCCCGGAGCUGGAGAGGCUCAUAGCGCAGUCCACGACGCCCACCACGUCGUCGCAGUUCGCGUACAACAAGGCCGUGAGCGACGAGCAGGAGUUCGCCGAGGGCUUCGUCAAAGCCCUGGAGGACCUCCACAAACAGAACCAGCUGAACGGAGCUACCACGCUGGGCGGCAGACUGCUCGCUAGCCACGCAGGCUUGGCUUUGCCUUCGGACCUGCCCGUAUACACGAACUUGAGCACGUACGGCACAACGGUGAACUACAGCACGGACACCAUCCCUUUCCCUCCGCCACCGCCGGCUCACGCGCCCACGUCGGCCGAGCAGCACACGCGGCUCCAGCCUCUGAAGGACGAGCCCCAGACCGUCCCGGACGUGCAGAGCUUCGGCGAGAGCCCGCCGCUCUCGCCAAUCGACAUGGACACGCAGGAGCGCAUCAAAGCGGAGCGCAAGAGGCUGCGCAACCGGAUCGCCGCAUCCAAGUGCCGCAAGCGCAAACUGGAGCGCAUCUCGCGGCUCGAGGACAAGGUGAAGACGCUGAAGAAUCAGAACACAGAGCUCGCUUCCACGGCCAGCGUGCUGAGGGAGCAGGUGGCGCAGCUAAAGCAGAGGGUCCUCAACCACGUCAACAACGGCUGCCAGCUGCUUCCCAGCCAGGUCCAGGCCUACUGAGUGACCCUUAGUGCUCAGCUUCAGCACGCAGCUCCUCCGGUCAGCAGAAUAAUACAGGCUUCAUGCAGCCACGCCAAAAAAGACGGGAGACGGGGUGGAUUCAGGUACAGUGGGGCUUGAGGUCACAUGGGACAGCAUUGACAUGUAUGUCAUAGGCAUUGAAUGAUAAAGCCAUUCUUUGGUUCAGUUACUCACUAAAAAUGACUUUUCUAACUGAAUUCGCUCAUUUGGAAAGAAUACUCUAGUAAUCAUCAGGUGAAACUGGAAUACACAAGAGUUUCUUAAAGUGUCCCAUAUUACUGCUACCCCAGAAUACCCAAAAUCACCCUAUAUUGGUGCUGAUGUUAAGAGAGAUGUUUUCAAUAUGUUUACACGGUUUUGUAGCAGAUGGACUUCAUAUGCCUUUCUCUAAGACAGCAGAAAGAACACUACUACAUUUGAUUCUCACGCCUAUUUGGGACAAGAGAAGACUUGUGUUUUGCAUGAUAAUAAGACAAGCUCAAUGAGUGCAACCAAACACAGAUUGUCAUGCAUGCACUCUUCAUGUGUAGAGCCUUAUUUGUCUACAAGCACUUAUUACCCAAUGACCUUAUCUAUUUUGUAUACAGCUAUUCACACAAUGUCUUAUCUUCUUCUUUUUUUUGCUCUUGUGAAUUGUUUGGUGUUUUUUUUUUCCUCUCAUGGAGUCACGUGUCAAAAUGUUUUCUUUUUAAUCUGUCACGUAUGUGUAUUGACUUCGAGUUUCAAAUGAAAUACGGUGUAAUAAAAGUGUUAUUUCAUUUGCUCAAUUGUA